AACAAAAUAAUCGGAACACAAAACACAGGAGUACCUAUCUGUGUGUCUGUACACCCAUCCUUUAUUAAAUAUUGAUUUGGUGUUUCUACAUUAUUGUGUUAAUGACCUGACCUGACCUGACCUGACUAUUGGUGCAUACAUCGUCAUAUUUUUAAAUUAAAAUAUACUACCCCGCGUACUCUCCUAUUCGAGUAUCGGGGUAUAUAAUCACAAUAAAAAAAAUACAAGAGCACAACAACAACUUACACCAAAGAUACUUACAUUUCAAGUACCGUGAAAUUCGAAUACCCAAAAGUCAUGUUAAAGAGCGCAAAUAACAAUUCUCUCCAGCAUCCGGUGGCUAACACUUCCGAAAACACGAUGAACGGCUAUAACCGAAAGGUGCCGCCAAAACGGCGCUAUGAAAUGCCAAAAUAUGCUGCACCGCCAAAAAAGAAAACAUGCAAGGAGCGGAUACCACAGCCGAAGAAUACGGUGGCAAUGCUAAAUGAGUUAAGAAAUGGACUGAUUUAUAAAUUGGAGUCACAGACUGGUCCGGUGCACGCACCUUUAUUUACGAUAUCCGUCGAGGUCGAUGGUCAGAAAUACAUGGGCCAGGGACGCAGUAAAAAAGUAGCGCGUAUCGAAGCAGCAGCCACAGCACUACGAAGCUUUAUACAGUUUAAGGACGGUGCCGUCUUAUCGCCAUUAAAGCCAUCCGGCAACUUGGACUUUACCAGCGAUGAACAUCUUGAAAAUGGUAUUGAAAAUGUUGACAAUGGUAAAUUGGUCGAUUACAUACAGAUGACAUUGAUGUUGACCGAAAAGAAACCCAACCUUACCUCGCUUGAACAAUCCACGUUGCCUCUUCAAAUGUUUUGCAUGAGUCAGAAUCGAGAAAAAUUCAAACAUGUCAGUAAGAGCGCCAUAACCGUUGAUGGACAAAAGAAGGUGCCGGAUAAAGGUCCCGUCAUGCUUCUCUAUGAGCUCUAUAAUGACGUUAAUUUUGAGUGCAUUAAUAUUGACAGUGCACAGAACAACUGUCGCUUUAAAAUGACCGUAACAAUUAACGAAAAGAAAUUCGAUGGAACGGGUCCGUCGAAAAAGUUGGCAAAGAAUGCCGCCGCUAAGGCAGCGCUCGCCUCGUUGUGUAACAUCUCGUACAGUCCGAUGGUGGUGCCGCAAAAGAACGUGCCGCUACCAAUUGAUGAUAAGUCUUCGUCCAUGGAGCUGCCGCAGAUACAUGCAGAUGCGAUUGGAAGACUGGUUUUGGAAAAGUUCAUGGAGGUUAUCAAGGGCCAGGAGGCGUACUCUCGUCGAAAGGUAUUGGCGGGGAUUGUAAUGACUGAGAACAUGAAUUUCUUUGAAGCAAAAGUAAUAUCCGUUUCAACGGGCACAAAAUGUGUCAGCGGCGAGCAUAUGAGCGUUAAUGGUGCCGUUCUAAACGAUUCUCAUGCUGAAAUAGUAUCUAGGCGUUGUCUGCUAAAGUUCUUGUACGCACAGCUGGAUCUUCAGUGCAAUCAGGCCACAGCAUAUCAGUCGAUUUUCGUGAGGAAUACUGAUGGGCAAUACCCUUAUAAACUAAAAUCCGGGGUACAUUUCCAUUUGUAUAUAAAUACAGCACCUUGUGGGGAUGCACGGAUAUUUAGUCCUCACGAAAACGACACAGGUGUUGAUAAACAUCCAAAUAGAAAAGCUCGUGGGCAAUUGCGUACGAAAAUCGAGUCCGGCGAAGGUACAAUACCCGUUAAAAGUAGCGAUGGCAUACAAACCUGGGAUGGUGUACUACAGGGUCAACGAUUGCUUACAAUGUCAUGCUCGGAUAAAAUUGCACGUUGGAACAUUGUGGGUAUACAGGGUUCCUUAUUGUCUUCCAUAAUUGAACCAGUGUACCUGCAUUCCAUUGUAUUGGGGAGUCUGCUGCACCCAGAGCAUAUGUAUCGUGCGGUGUGCGGACGAAUAGAAAAGUCUAUCCAAGGCUUGCCGCCGCCAUACCAUUUGAAUAAGCCUCGACUGGCAUUGGUCACAUCGGCUGAGCCGCGUAAUCAGGCCAAGGCUCCAAAUUUUGGCAUCAAUUGGACCAUCGGAGAUGUUGAAUUGGAAGUCGUCAACUCACUGACUGGCCGAACAAUUGGUGGUCAAGUAUCGCGCAUCACCAAACAAGCGUUUUUUGAUAAAUAUGGAUUUUUAAUGAAAAACUUACCAGGUAUUUUGAAACGCAGUGUAACCACAGACUACGGCCAAACAAAAGCCAACGUCAAGGACUAUCAGAUUGCUAAAAUAGAAUUGUUUAGCGCCUUCAAGCGGGAGGAUCUUGGAAGCUGGCUAAAGAAGCCGAUAGAACAAGACGAGUUUGUUCUGAAUGAAUGACUGCAUUCAUCGAUGCAUAUGUUAAAAAAAGACAAAAGUAACGGCAAGCAAUUAAUAGAAUUAGAAAAAAUAGCUUUAAAUACAAGUUGUAAUAAGAAUACAAGCUUGGUGCAAAAACA